AUGGAGGUGCAAUCCUAUUAUGCCAAGCUCUUGGGGGAGUUGAAUGAACAGCGAAAGCGGGACUUUUUCUGUGACUGUAGCAUCAUUGUGGAAGGGCGGAUCUUCAAGGCCCACAGGAACAUUCUGUUUGCCAACAGCGGCUACUUCCGAGCCCUGCUCAUUCACUACAUCCAGGACAGUGGGCGGCACAGCACCGCCUCCUUGGACAUUGUCACCUCCGAUGCCUUUUCCAUCAUCCUAGACUUCCUGUAUUCGGGGAAGUUGGAUUUGUGUGGGGAAAACGUGAUCGAAGUUAUGUCGGCCGCCAGCUACCUACAGAUGAAUGACGUGGUAAACUUCUGCAAGACGUAUAUCCGGUCGUCCUUUGAUAUCUGCCGAAAGAUGGAGAAGGAGGCUGCGGUGGCUGCAGCGGUGGCAGCGGCAGCAGCUCACCAGGUGGACGGUGGGAGCCCCGGUUCAGGCACGGAGGGGGCCUCCUGUGAUACCAAGAGCUUGGUCUCCUCUACAGCCAAGGAAGAAGAGUGUGUGGACUGUCCCAAGGAAUCCCCUUGCGGUGACUGCCACCCCCUGGAACCGGCGGUCAAGGACAGCGAGGGCAGCGGCUCAGCUGACAGUGACCUCUCUGCCCUGCCCAAGCAGAUAGAGCCGAAGGUGGAGUUUGAUGCUGACGAAGUGGAGCAGGUGGAGGUCGGUGAGCAGCUGCAGCAUUACGCUGCUCCACUGAGCCUAUCCCACGUGGAGGAGGGUUUGCCCAGUAGCCAUCCCAUGGACAUGUCUUACGGCAACUACCACGUGAAGCAGUUCUUGGAGGCCCUCUUGCGCAACGGUGCGGUCCAGAGCAAAGACGACGCGGAUCAUCAUCACUUCUCUCGGAGUUUGGAGGGAAGAUCAGAUGGUAUAGGAGGAGCCAUGAGUUCCAUGAUGGAUGUCCAGGCUGACUGGUAUGGCGACGAUUCAGGCGAUGUGCUGGUGGUCCCCAUCAAGCUCCACAGAUGUCCCUUCUGCCCUUACACUGCCAAACAGAAGGGCAUCCUGAAGCGGCACAUCCGCUCACACACGGGCGAGCGGCCCUACCCCUGUGAGAUCUGUGGCAAGCGAUUCACUCGACAGGAGCACCUGCGGAGCCAUGCCCUGAGCGUCCACAGAUCCAACUGUCCAAUCAUCUGCAAGGGCUGCAGAAGAACCUUCUCGAAUCACAUGUCGCAGGGGCUGAGGCGCUUUGGGCUGUGUGACAGCUGCACCUGCGUGGCAGACACACAUGAUGACGAGUACAGUUUGAUGCCCAUCAACCUCAGCCUGGUGGAGGCGUCCUCCGAAAGCCAAGAAAAGAGUGACACAGACAAUGAUUGGCCAAUCUACGUGGAGUCCGGUGAGGAAAACGACCCUGCCGGAGACGACUCCGACGACAGACCACAGAUCCAGCCCAACCUGACAGACCGAGAGACACUCAUGUAG